GGCGGCGGCCGGGGUGAAGGCGUGGUGGGUCCGGCUCUGGAGGUCGGCACGGGAACCGGGCGCACGCUCCGCCUGGACCCGCCGCCAUGGCUCCGGUGAGAAUUAGCCACGUGGUCUCUUUCACGUCUCAGGACCCCCGGCAUCCGGCCGAGAACCUGCUGGCCAUGGACAGCCCCCGGCCCUGGCUCGGCAGCCCGCAGGACCGCAGCGGGAGGCUCAGAGUGGAGCUGCAGCUCGAACGGGCCGUGCCCAUCGGCUACGUCGACGUCGGGAACUGUGGCUCCGCCUUCGUGCAGAUGGAGGUGGGCCGCUCCUGCUGGGCCCCGGACAGGCCGUACCUCACCCUCCUCCCCACCACCACCCUGAUGACCCCCGCCGACUCCAAGCUGGGCAAGAACCGCUCCGCCGUCCGCAUGUUCAAGCACGGGGACUUUCUGGCCCCCGCGGCGGGAGAGCCGUGGGACCGCGUGCGAGUGACGUGCAGCCAGCCGUUCCACCCACGCCACCAGUUCGGACUGACCUUCCUCCGCCUCCGCUCCCCGCUGGAAUGGACCCAGGAGCCCGGGGCGCCGGCCCCCGGCCAGAGCCAGGAGCCUCCUCUUCCUCCCGCCUCUUCUCCCCCUCCUCCUCAUAGCCUCCCCUGGCUCGCCAGCCCUGCCAUCCGGAAGACGUUUUUCCCCGAGCCACAGCCGAGCCCCAAGAAGGUGGUGGACCUCCAGAGCCACCUGCAGCAGCUGCGGCCCGGGACGCUGACCCGCCCGGCCCGCAUGGUGCUGGAGGCCACCCGCCGGGCCCACCUGACCCCUGCUGAGACCCCAGGGAGCUGCCGCCCAGAGGAGCCCACACCCACCACCGUGGCCGCCCCAGGAGGUGCCCCUGAGGGACAGAAGAUGGUGGCUCAGAAGAGAGGCCGAAGACAACAGCCGGGCGGGAAGAAGAAACAGAGGCUGCUGGCCCCUGGAAGAGGGAUGGCCGAGAGGGCAGAUUCAGUCAAGCGGCAGUUAGAGCCCAGAGUCUCUGCGGACCGCCGGGCCCAGCAGAGGACGGAGUGGUGCGUCAAGCCCGAGGUGGAGACCCCCCAAAACCCAGGAGACCCCAGCCCAAAGCCAGACCGCUCCAAGCCCGAGUCUGUGUCCCAUCUGUGCAGGCUCCGCCUCCUGGCCCUGGUUUUGUCCCCCUCUGUCUCUAUCCCAGUCAGAAGUACCUUUCCCGAGGACUUCCUUCCCCUCCACGCUGCCACCUGCGGAGAAGAGGACCCCUCCGUGGGCCGGAGCCUGCCCUCGCCCUCCUGGACCACCAUCUCUUCCUCCUCCUCCUCCUCCUCCUCGGACUCUGAGGACUCCACUCCCCCAGCUUGGGUGCAGUGCCCACUCUGUCAGAUCCGUUUCCCGGCUGCGGACGUGGAGAGUCACGCCAGCACGUGUGGGGAGCCGGCUCCCGCCCUGGAGAACCCCUGGACGUGGAUGGAAUAUUCUCCAAGGGAAGGCGAGCUGUGCCAAGACUGCAAGCUCAUUGGGAAUGACGGCCAGCAACAGCCGGUCAGGGAGCUGGUGGCCGGACCCCUGGCCGCAGAAGCACUAGUCCUGGGGAUCUGGAGAGGUGCUCCAGACCCUCACAACCCCCUCACCCUCCAUGUGUCCCUCUCGCACAAUCCCAACCGGAAAGUGGGAUGGGGAACGAGCCGGCCCUCUGGAUGUGGAGGUAGUGGGGAGGCCCAAUGGGGUGGCACCCCAGGGGCGGAGUGCUGCUGGGAGGAUCGAACGAAGGGGCUGGGCGCACUCGGGCAGGAGACGGCACAGGGAGCGGAGGCCCCAGCAACGUCGGCCCAGCCGACCAACUGGCAGGAGAUCGUGAACAAGAAGUUCAAGUUCCCCCCGGCCCUGCUGGGCGCCAUCCAGGAGGGCCGGCUGAGCUUGGUGCAGCACCUGCUGGAGGCGGAGGAGCCGGCGGGCCCCCCCCGGCAGCUGGACGAGGCGGAGGACCGCGCCUGGCGCGACGCCCUGAACCUGGCCAUCCGCACCGGCCAGGAGGAGAUCAUGGACGUCCUGCUGCGCCAGGUCAAGUUCGACUUCCGCCAGAUCCACGAGGCCCUGCUCGUGGCCGUGGACACCAACCAGCCGGCCGUGGUCCGGCGCCUGCUGGAACGGCUGGAGCGGGAGAAGGGCCGCAAGGUGGACACCAAGUCCUUCUCCCUGGCGUUCUUCGACACGUCCAUCGACGGCUCCCGCUUCGCGCCGGGCGUCACCCCGCUGACCCUGGCCUGCCAGAAGGACCUGUACGAGAUCGCCGCCCUGCUCAUGGCCCAGGGCCACGCCAUCGCCAGCCCCCACCCGGUCUCCUGCGCCUGCCUGGAGUGCAGCAACGGGCGCCGCUACGACCUGCUCAAGUUCUCCCUGUCUCGCAUCAACACCUACAGGGGCAUCGCCAGCCGCGCCCACCUCUCCCUGGCCAGCGAGGAUGCCAUGCUGGCUGCCUUCCAGCUCAGCCGCGAGCUACGCCACCUGGCCCGCAAGGAGCCCGAGUUCAAGCCCGAGUACAUCGCCUUGGAGCUGCUGAGCCAGGACUUCGGCUUCGAGCUGCUGGGCAUGUGUCGCAACCAGAGCGAGGUGACCGCCGUGCUCAACGACCUGGGCGAGGACAGCCAGGCUGAGGCCGAGGUGCUGGGCCAGGCCUUCGAGGAGGGCAUCCCCAACCUGGCCCGCCUUCGCCUCGCUGUCAACUACAACCAGAAACGGUUUGUGGCGCACCCCAUCUGCCAGCAGGUCCUGUCGUCCAUCUGGUGCGGGAACCUGGCCGGCUGGAGGGGCAGCACCACCGUCUGGAAGCUCUUUAUCUCCUUCGUCAUCUUUCUCACCAUGCCCUUCCUCUGCCUCGCAUACUGGCUGGCCCCCAGGUCCCGGCUGGGCCGCCUGCUGAAGAUCCCCGUGCUCAAGUUUCUGCUGCACUCGGCCUCCUACCUGUGGUUCCUCAUCUUCCUGCUGGUCGAGUCUCUGGUGAUGGAACAGCAGCACAGCACCUUUGUGGGGCGCAAUCAGAGCAUCUGGGACAACUCCCUGCACAUGAUCUGGGUGGCCGGCUUCUUCUGGUUCGAGUGCAAGGAAGUGUGGAUCGAAGGCCUGCACAGCUACCUGCUGGACUGGUGGAACCUCCUGGACGUGGUCAUCCUGUCCAUGUACCUGGCCUCCUUCGCCCUGCGUGUGCUGCUCGCCCUCUGUGCCCAUCUGCACUGCCAGGCCGAGCCCGACGGCAACGCCUGCCACUACUACACGGCCUCCAAGCGCAAAGAGUGGCACAUGGAGGACCCGCAGUUCGUGGCAGAGGUGCUGUUCGCGGUGACCAGCAUGCUCAGCUUCACCCGCCUCGCCUACAUCCUGCCCGCACACGAAUCCCUGGGGACCCUGCAGAUCUCCAUCGGCAAGAUGAUUGACGACAUGAUGCGGUUCAUGUUCAUCCUCAUGAUCAUCCUGACAGCCUUCCUGUGUGGCCUCAACAACAUCUACGUGCCCUACCAGGAGACUGAGCGGCUCGGCAACUUCAACGAGACGUUCCAGUUCCUGUUCUGGACGAUGUUUGGCAUGGAGGAGCACAGCGUGGUGGACAUGCCCCAGUUCUUGCUGCCCGAGUUCGUGGGCCGGGCCCUCUACGGUAUCUACACCAUCAUCAUGGUCAUCGUGCUGCUCAACAUGCUCAUCGCCAUGAUCACCAACUCCUUCCAGAAGAUCGAGGAUGACGCAGACGUCGAAUGGAAGUUUGCCCGCUCCAAGCUUUACCUCUCCUUCUUCCGGGAGGGGCUGACGCUGCCCGUGCCCUUCAACAUCCUGCCCACGCCCAAGUCUUGCUUCUACCUGCUCAGGAGGAUUCUCCGCUUCAUCUGCUGCUGCACUUUCAACAAGAAGCCUGAAUACCCACCCAUCCCCAGCUUCACGAACCAGUCCUUUGGAGGUGGGGUUCUGGGGCCCGGGGAGCAGCAGGGGUCCUACCGGCUACAGGUCAUCAAGGCCCUGGUACAGCGGUACGUGGAGACGGCACAGCGCGAGUUUGAGGAGGGGCGAAGGAAAGAUGUUGGAAACCGGCUGACAGAGCUGACCAAGACAGUUUCGCGGCUGCAAGCGGAGGUGGCGGCCGUGCGGCGCAGCGUGGCGGUGGGGAGUGCGCCCAAGGCCCCCGACGGCUCCAGCAUCCUCAGCCGCUACAUCCAGCGGGUCCGCAACAGCUUCCAGACCAUGGGGCCCCAGAUCCCCGAGGAGGCCGGGGAGGCCUCAGAAGACGCAGAGGAAGGGGAGGACGGGGAGGGUGAGGAAGCCUGGGCCUCCGGGAAGGAUGGAGAGACCGGGGACCGGGGUGCCCAGGAGGACGGGGAGACAGCACCCACCUCCUCCGCCCAAGUGCUCGUGCACCAGGACAACAGCACCGGUGACAAGGAGUCCUUAUGA